AUUACGAGCAAAUUUUAUUUUUUCUGGAUACUUAUCGGAUUUUCCACAUGUAUACAUAUUUCCCUGUGUGAAAUAUAGCACACAUAAAUCACUUCCUUGAGAGUUCGAAAUGUUCCAAGAGGGUUUUCGAAAAUAAAACUAUUAUAAAAAAAAAAAAGAACCUUGCAUGGUCCAGUUUAGAAAGCAAUAAAAUUCCAAUAUAGAAAUGUUGGAUUUGGAGAAAUAUUUCGUGUGUAAAUCAUUAUUGGUGAUUUAUGCUUAUUUUUGUAUCCUGGGAUUAUUUGCACAUAACUGCUCAACAGUGAAGUUGAAGGGAAAGUGUACCUGGUCUGCGUGGACAGAUUGCACGAGUUAUGGGGAUAUACAGCAUCGCGCCAGGGUCUGUGGCGCCUCCAACUCGGAAAUAGAGGGGCGACAUUGCAACAUUUCAGACUGCAGAGAGUCCAGCGGAGAAUUAUGUAGUCCAAGUACUGCGAGUACUCUCCAGAGUUCAUCGGGAAUAACACAAGAGGUUAUCAACACUACCGAAGUCUCAGCCGGAAAAGUGGACGGGACUUCUUCAUCUACUACACAAUACACAUCGUCUGCUCCAAAUGCCACAAAUGUACACGAUUACACGGUGGAAAAUUCCAAUAGCACAAGCGUUACUGAAAACGCUGGAAGUUCCUUGUCAACAGGUGUUUCAAUAUACUCUACUUCCAAAUCACUUAAAGAAACUGGACGGGAAGAGAAAAAUAAUGAUUUCAGAUACAUCUGUGAAGUAAGCCUAGCCGUCGUCACGCUCCUCCUGAUCCUCGUGUCUGCUGGCUAUUUGUACGAAAGGAAAAAGAGACUUCAAUACCAGAGCGAAUGUUCCUAUACCUUUUCCUUACCAACCAACACUGAACUAAACUAUACGAGAGAAGCCAAUAGACGUUACAACACAGUGGCGGAUAUUACAAGUCUUGUUGAUUCAAGGGCAGAGAGACUCUCGUCCUGUGUAUAUCACGAUAUCACCGACUUAACAUCCCUAGCCAACAUGGUUUCAUCACGUUCAACAUAUCAACAAAUUCCAUUCUGAGAUGUCAGCACUGAAAAUGAGUCAUUUACAUGAAAAUAUACCGACACGCAAAAGAAACGCAGCAGGCAUCGAUAAUGCUUGUGUUAUUUCAUUCAAAUAUAUCGUUUGAUUUUUACAACUAAUAAAGUUACAUACAAUAUCAA